GAUGCGCAUCUUGUCUGGUGUCGCUGAUAACUAUGGUAGCUGAAACUCGCUGAUUCUUGAAUCACUAAACACUUAUAGAUUCUUUUGUGAGGUUCUAUACCUGUAGCGAUUUACUGGAAAAUGAAGAGAAUGAAGACGCUGGUCGCUGCCGUGGUGGUGGGGCUCUGCGUGGCGUUUACGGCCACGGCAUCGGCUGUCGUAACUCCACGGGAGCUCAUCACCAUCGAUGGACACCAAAAGACCAUUGCGCUGGCCACCGCAGAACAGAUGAGCGGAGUUUCAGCUGCCCUGUCCUUCACCGACCUCAUCUUAUCCAUUGUUUUUGCCUUCAAUCAAGAGGAAUUCGAUUACUGGGCUAACGUUGAAGAUGAAGUCAGACUUCUUGUAGGCGCUUACAUCAACGAACAUAACAUGAACCAAGUUGAGGCUUUCCAGGCAGACUUGGAGACUCUUCUUUUGAGGUACUUAGACGCGCCGGUGGAAAGCGACACCUACCCUGACAAGAACGAGCAAGCGGCCGCCCUCUCCAUGGCGAUCAUCAGCCACCGCUACCUGGUCAUGAGCGGGGACCUUAGGUUCUCUCUUAUUCUCCACUUCGAGGACAUCGCCAGCAUGCAUAUUGUUGUCCUCAAAGAUGCAGCAGAAACUUACAGUACCGAGACAAAACCGUCCCAGUGGUGGCAGGACUUAUCUUUCGAGCUCCAAGAAUACCUUGACUAUUCCGUCGUGGUCACGCAAGAGUUCUACCAGUUCAGAAUGGACAUGAUCACAUGUACUGAAGAUUUGGACGCUUGCAGGAUGAGCGACGGUCCUCAAGGUUCCACCCGAACUUGCUACGACACUUAUACGGUGUAUGAUGGCAUCACGGAGGAAGAAUCGACGUGCAAGCAACUAGCAGGAUCUACUGACUGUGUCAACCACUGCCAGAUAUACCGACAGCACCGUGAGCUGGAGCUGGACCAAUUCUUCUCCUCUAAAGUGUCGCCUGUGACCGCCGAGUGGCAGAUCCUCAAACAAAUCGCCGACGACAUCAUUAAUUCUGCCAGUGAAUUUAUUCCUCACUAAAAAAUUAUCUUUCACUGUAACCGCUAACAAGACAAUUCAUAUGUGGAAAUCCAUUUUCGUGUGUCCGGAAUUUUUUCGAUGGAAACUAAUUAGUUUUUAGGCCAUUUUUCCAUACGAGAUAUUGGAUAUACCUUUAUUCCAUACCUUUAUGAAACGAAUAAAAAUUCUAAGUUCGAGGUGAAAUUUAAGCUUUGGCGGAUAAGAUCAGCCUUCUAAUAGAUGAGGAUUUUUCUAUUUUAGUAAUUUGAAUAAACAUGUAUAAUUGAAACUUU